UGUUUUUCUCUCUAAACAUGGCGAGCCAACGCCAGAUAGCUACUCUGGAUACCCGAACCGAAUUGGCUGAACUUGUUCGACGAAGGACAGAAAUCGCGGAGACUUUGGCCAAUUUAGAAAGACAGAUUUAUGCAUUUGAAGGCAGCUACUUAGAAGACACUCAGUUGUAUGGAAACAUAAUUAAAGGCUGGGAUCGUUAUCUGACCAACAACAAAAAUACCAACAGCAAAGCGGAUAAACGGAAUCGAAAAUUCAAAGAAGCUGAUCGAUUAUUUUCCAAAUCUUCAGUAACUUCUGCCGUGGCUGUGAGUGGAAUUGCAGACAACUCUGAAAAACGGGAAGCUGCAAGUCCGACGUCAGAAGCAACGAAUGCCGGCAGUCAACCAGAAACAAACAACAACGAUUCUUCCACCCCUAAUGGACAGCUAACGAUGACCAACAACAGCACGACCAAUCACUCUUCGGCACAGAACCAUUCCGGGAAGGUCACCAAAAGUACGAUAAGACACAAAAAAGGGAAAGCAAAAUCAAGGCACAAAAUGGAAGCUAAACUACGCAAAGCCAAAGAGGGUGCUGAAUGAUUAGAGAUUGAUCAGUAUUGAACUUUAUGGGAAGAAGAUGGAGAAGAAAUGUGGGAAAGAAAAGGGGAUUACCUGUUUUAAAAAAAACAUUUUGGACACUGUUAAAUAUUGGAGCAAGCCUGAGGAAUGUUAUGUAUGUGUGUGUGUAUCCAUACAUAUACAUAUGUAUAUAUAUAUAUAUAUAUAUAUAUAUAUAUAUAUAUAUAUAUAUAUAUAUAUAUAUAUAUGUAUAUAUAUGUAUAUAUAUAUAGUCACACACACACACACACAUAAUCAAUAGCGAUUUGCUCUACGUCAUCAUCCUGAGGUACAUGUACCCAAGAGAUGUUUGGUACUUGCUUGUGAAACUUUCAACCAGAAUCCAGUGCAAGCCAAACUAAACACGAUCUAACCCAACCGAAUACAGCACCGAACAACUGCCCCACCAACAUCUCAAAAUAACAAAGAUAAACAAUAUCCCAAGGGAAACAUACAUGCAUACACACACAUAUAUAUAUAUAUACAUGUUUAUAUAUAUAUAUAUAUAUAUAUGUACAGGUGUGUGUGUGUGUAUGUAUAUGUUUAUGUUUGUAUACAUGUGUGCAGAAGACUGUUGUUUCUAGAGUCGUUGCCAUUCCCUGCUGAUAAUCUUCCUUCAUUCAAGUCACAAAAAUACGGUAAAAAUAUAUCAAAAUUAAGAAGAAAAAAAAUCCACUAAAACAGGCAUCUCAAUGUUUGGUAAAUACAAACACUCAUAUACAUUACAUAUGUAUACAUACAUCUAUAUAUGUACAUACACAUUCAUAUAUAAUAUGUAUAUAUAAAUACGCACACACGUAUAUAUAUAUAUAUAUAUAUAUACACACUUAAUAUACAUGUGUAGAUGUGCAUACACAUGUAAUUACUUUAAAAAUUUUUUAAUUGUAAAUAUUUUCACCAUUCCUUCCUUUUUUUUAAUUGUUUCUUUUUGUCCUAUUUUUUUGCCAAUAAAUUUUUUGGCCGUGGAA